AUGACGGUCGACAUCCUCCCCCUCGAGCUGAACUUUACUCGUCCAUUCACCGUCGAAGUCUCGCGAACUCUCACCAUCCGAAACACAAGCAGCUCACCUCUUGCGUUCAAGGUCAAAACCACUGCCCCCAAACAGUACUGCGUCCGACCCAAUGCCGGUCGUAUCGAGCCCGGAAAUGCCUUCGAUGUCACAGUACUCUUGCAGGCGAUGAAACAGGAUCCUCCCCUGGAUGCCCGAUGUCGCGACAAGUUCCUCGUUCAGUGCGCACCAAUCACCUCGGACAAGGACUUUGCCAGCAUUGCCUCUGUUCUCGAGUCGGCAGACAAGGCUACGCUUGUCGAACGCAAGAUUCGCGUCAACUGGCUGGCUGCCAAUGGCGAGGCCCAGGGACCUAGCGCUCCAGCUGCUUCUACUCCCAGCAAACCUUCAACCGUGAAUGGCGCUACUGAAACUCCUGACGCUCCCCGAACAUUCUCAUCACCCGGCGGCAACGCCAACUCAACGCCCCUGCCUGCGCCGCCACCCUACACAUCUGACGAUGCCGCCGAAGACACCGACGACAAAUCCGAGCGCCCCAAGUCUGCUGUAUCCCACGCCGCCACAACUGUCUCCGAGACCGCGCAAAUGACGUACGAAGAAUUGAAGAACAAGCUCGCCCAAGCAGAAGCCCAACUGCUCAACCUCAAGGACAGCGGACUGCGCCAGCGAAAUGUAAAGUCCGCAGCCAGCGAUGAGAAGACACGUUCUGGUAACACCGCACAGGCUGUUAAGCAGCAACCCGACGGUGUGUCGGUGCAGAUCGUCGCCCUGCUGUGUCUGUUGAGUUUCCUGCUGGCCUACUUCUUCUUCUAG